CGAACAUAAAUCUUAUAGGAUGAGUAAUACACGCGCACUAUUUUCAGUGGGCCUGUGGCUUUUAAGAAAUAGCAUUGAGGGGUGAAGCCCCCGAUGUCAUUCUCUAAAAUGCGUCGUUCGCGAAGGGUAGAACCCGGUAGGUUGUCUCUUUAAAUCAACGCUGCAGCGAUGUGCCCGCGAGCUCAGACGGUCACAACCAUUUCCAUCUCUGCAGUGGGGAGCGUCCACAGCGCGCGCUCAACAGCGCCUCUCACGCGACAAAUGACAUUUACUUUUCACACACUCUCCCACAGCUUGGUAGAACCCACGCGAAAGUGAAAACUUAUCAAUCGCCUUAUGAGGGAACAGGACAUUUUUGCCAGCGAAUUGGCCCACGAUGGAGUAUAUCAUUUGCGCUCGAGCUCGUCAGGUCUAUCAGAUAACGGGACGUAAAGAUGGGGUACGACACCAGUUGCUCUCUUUAAAAUAGGACCCGAGCGCUGGACAAUGACCCCCUGCAGCCUGUCGGAAUGCCGUUUCUUUCCGAGUGCACAAGGGCCACGCGACAGAUGGCCACAUCAUAAGCGACUGUGAUACUCCAUUGACACCAUUGCACUAAACCUGGACCAUAACUUUGCAGAUCUAAUGGAUUUAAAGAGGGUGUUGUCUUUCCCUCCAUAUCCAGGGGAUUAUCUGCACCCAGUGGUGUACGCCUGCACUGCAGUGAUGUUGCUUUGCCUUUUUAUUUCAAUCAUGACGUACAUCGUACACCACAGCAUAAUCCGAAUCAGCAGGAAAGGUUGGCACAUGCUCCUAAACUUCCUCUUCCACACUGCCGUGACGUUUGGAGUGUUUGCAGGAGGCAUCAACCAGAUCAAGUACCCCGUAAUCUGUCAAGUGGUUGGCAUUAUCUUGCACUACUCCUCCCUCUCUAGCAUGCUAUGGUUGCUGUUCACUGCCAGGAAUAUCUGCAAAGAGGUGUCAAAGGCUCCGCCCAUACCUCAGGACAGGGACCCGCCCACACAACCACGCCCUAAAGCCACUAUUAUCAGGUUUUAUCUUGUCAGUGUUGGGGUUCCCCUUAUCAUUGUGGGAGUUACGACUGCUGUUAGCUUGGACAACUACGGUAGCAGAGAUGAAGCCCCAUAUUGCUGGAUGGCCUGGGAGCCCAGUCUGGGAGGCUUCUACGGUCCAACCGCCUUAUUGGUCUUGGUCAUGUGCAUUUACUUUCUCUGCACAUUCGUGCAGCUAAAGCGGCACCCGGAGCGCAAGUACGAGCUGAAGGCGAUGACUGAAGAACAGCAGCGUCUUGCGGUAGCAGAAAUCGGCCACUGCCAUGCAGUCAGCGGAGAGCCAGGGGAGCAUGGCGAGCAUACGGGCUGCACAGCCAUCACUGCCUCCAUGUUGGCCAACGAACACUCUUUCAAAGCUCAGUUAAGGGCCAUCGCCUUCACACUUUUCCUCUUCCUGGCCACCUGGGUUUUCGGAGCCCUGGCUGUAUCACAGGGACAUUUUCUCGACAUGAUCUUCAGCUGUCUGUACGGAGCGUUUUCCGUCACGCUGGGGCUCUUUUUGCUCAUUCAGCACUGCGCAAAACGCGACGACAUCUGGCAUCGCUGGUGGGCCUGUUGCCCCAAUAAACCAAAGGUGGAGGUAAACGGUGAAGCAACAGGGAACGUUGGCCCACCCUCCCAAAGUCACAGCCAUACACCAUCCCACGGGCAGAACAAAAUCCACUGCCAGGUGGACUCGUCCUGCCCGGGUAAACCUCUACUCUCCCCGCACGUCCACUCCCCAUCACUGCAUUGUAAAUUGGGUAGCCUUCCAUCCACCCAGAACCUCACGAGCACCUGCUGUGCCACCUUGCACAGUCCCUCCACCAUGCUCGGGAACUCCCGCCCACACUCCCUCCCUGACGAACUACCCCGCCCAACCCUUCCCCUGCAAAGCUGCCUAAAGGACAGGUCAAAGACUCGAUCCUUCAGCCGACCUCGCCCCUGCCUCAGGGACUACUCGUGCCACAUGACCUCCACCAGCUUGGACGGCAGCAUGCAUAGCUCCCACCUGGACAGCCCUCACAGAGUCCACCUGGACAACCCUCUUACCUGCCACACCUCACAUUUGGAUACUCUGCUCUCCUGUCACAGCCCCCACCCCGACAACCAGCUGCGAUGCCCCAGCCCGAGUCCUCGCCUCGAGAACCUGGCCCCACACGACCUGCACGAUGGCCUUUCCUGCCACUUAGACAGUCAGCUCUCCUGCCACAGACACAUGAGCUGUGCCAAUGCAGACCUGUUCUCAAGCAUAUGCUGCCCCAAUGUUGACCCCUUUGUCAGUUCUUGCCAGGCAGAGGAUACUGACACGGGGCCGUUGAUGUACAAUUGUGCCAAGAUGGCCGAAAAAGAGGAGGAGGCUAUGCUGCAUUUGGAUAUGACCCCUCCGCGGGCAUCUCUGUCGUGCUCCCAGGCCACGCUCAACAGGAAGGGCACCCUCAGCCGGAGAGGGACAUUGAGCCGGAACAGCAGUCAGCAUGAGGACUAUGUGCUUACCGCCGAUUGCACAGGUAACAUUAGGACUGGACCUUGGAAAAAUGAGACCACUGUGUAGGCCUGUUUCUUGCCUGAGCUAAACUACUGUGUAGUCCCAGGGCUGUUACCCAGAAGCCCUCUCUCCUCUGAGCUAAGCUACUGUGUAGUCCCUCUGCUGUGACUGUCUUCACCACCUUAUUUCAUCUGUCACUAAAACUUCUCUUCCCCUUUAAGGAGGCAUUAAAACCUCUGCUUACCUGUUCUCUGAUGUCAUGUCGCCAUUCAUCUCGGCUUAUUUGGUUUUAUCCUCUCGUCAUUUUGAAGUGACAGCAAAGAACACGUGCCAUGCUUUUUUAUUUAGAUUAUCUUUUUUAAUCAAACUGAUUUUUGUACAUGUGUGUGAUUUGGAUUACAUAAUGUGCAAUUUUGUCAUUGUGGAUGUGUGUGUGUUUAGUGUGGGAGAAAAGAGCGCAUGUGUUUAUUUGUCUGCACGUGUUGACACGCUUGUGUGCAUAUCACAAGAUUUCCAUUUAGUCCUCUCUUGUAGAGCCCAAAUCUUCCACAUUUCUGGGUCGCGUCAAAAAUGUCAUCAAGUGGGGGAAGCACUUUUCAGUAACAGAUUUUCACUAUUAAAGAAAGCUGUGAAAUAUAACUCGGGAGAUUCAAGACUUGUGAUUUACGUGCCAAACAUUAACGAAUAUUAAACAUGCUGAGAUCUACUCUCUAGUAGCAGGUAGAAUGUGUCACAACUGAGCGAUCGUUUUUUCAUCUACAGACAUAAAAACAGCAAAUAUUCUCCCUGUGUUUCCAUGGUGACAAAUCGCGAAGAGAGUUUUCCCAGCCAAAAUGCAUUUUGAACUGCACAUGUGAUGUACGCACACAGCCUAUUUUGUUACUGACAAUAUGGUGCCAGUUAUGUUACGUUUACAUUAAAGGGACGGUUCUGCCAAAAAUACUUUACUCACCCUCGAGUUGUUCCAAAUCUGUAUAAAUGUCUUUGUUCUGAUGAACUGCUGUGAUGUCAUCGUCAAUAUUCAUAAAUAUUAGACACGUUUAAUAAAAUCUUUAAUGAGGAUGACUGGCAACGACUGGCUCACGAAUUCUAAGACUAGAGUCACAAGACACCACACACUGAACUAUUUUAUCUGCGAUUCUAAACCAUGCGUCGCCUUGGAAUUAUAAGGUUCUAUCUGCGGUCUGAGUAGUUUUGAGAUAUUGAGCUUUAAAGUUUUUGGAUUUCAUAUAGCAAAAACGAUAUGAGGAACAAAUCUCUUUUAUACAUGAAAAAGACAGAGACCCUUCAUAUAUUCAAAAUGUACAAUAUCAAUAUUUUCUGAAAUUUGUAAAUGGGUUUUUUUGGAACAGGUCAAACGCAGAUAGAACCUUCUGAUUCUGAAAAAUCACUUUUGGUUUAGAAUUAUAAGGUUUUAUCUGCAAAACAUUCAUUAAAGCAAUACAUUUUCAAGCAACACAAACAAUUUACUUAUAACUUUUGUUAAAACAUGAAAUUAGUGUAUAAGAAUGUGUAAAAAAGGUACAUUUACAUGGUUUUUAUGACACUUAUUUCAUAUUUUAGGAUGCUUUUUUCUUGUUCAAGUUAAGCAUAAAAGGCCGUGCUAAUUGUUGUAUUGAUGUUUUAUCCACAGAAAGUGGGACAGAUCAAAUUACUUUUUAGAGAUGAGUAUGGCUGAAAAAAACAUAAUGUAUUUUGUUGUAAUCAAGACUCUUGACGUUGACUAUUUGGCAUUAACUGCAUUAUGAGAGUCUAUGUCUAUGUAAACACAGGUAUUAGGAAGCUAGCGCUGCUGGCUAGUGUUGUGUCUAUAAAUAUAAAAAAAGUAAUGUCCUCAACAAAACCUAAAACAAAACAAAAAAUACUGUCGUUUGAGCUGCUCUCGUUGACAAGAGUAUCAAUAAAACAGUCAACCUUGAGGUUUCUUUUAAACAGUUUUGUGCUGCACGGUUUCCUCAGAUAUUCCCGUCACUGAGGAGUCUGGUCACAUGACAAAGAAAUCCAAUCCUGAUUGGUCCUCAAAGUGCUGUUUGGCUCUUGCAGAUAGAACCUUAUAGCACCAAAUUAUAAUUAGAUUUUGUAGAUAGAAUCUUUUUGUUUUCUUAAAAAAGUCCCAAAAUGCACACAUUUAAAAAACAAACAUGGCAUAAUGUAAAUAAUUUGUCACAGAAUAAGAAUAUGUGAAUAACUCAAUUUUGACCAAAAUGUCAGAUAGAACCAUAUAAUUCUAAGGCAACAAACGACUGAGCACAACUGGAAUAGAAUAGGCACGAUUGUUGGUUAUGAUAAAAUUCCAUUCAUAAUCGUAGUGAAAAUCGUUAAAUGUGUACCCAGCUUUAGAAAUCUAUACAGAUUUGGAACAACUUGAGGAUGAGUAAAUGAAGACAGAAUUUUCAUUUUUGGGUGAACUGCUCCUUUAAUGGCCUUACAGAAAUCGUCAGAUCCUUAUGUUAUGUAUUAAAUUGUUGUUCACUAUAAUAUAGGACACAUUAUUUGCUACAUUGAGCUACAUACAUUAAUGUGAUUGACAGAAAAACAUUGUUGCUUCCUGGAAACACUAUAGCGCUUCUAGUGACCUCACUUGUCAUUCCUCAUUAUAUUUGUUCAAAGCCAAUUAAGGUGAGUUUUACUUCUGACAUUUUAAUAAAUGAGACCGUUUCUCAUUAAGAGUUUGUAUCUUGUCACUGUGCACACACAGAAAUAAGUUUUUUAAAUCAUAUGUUGUCUAAACAGCAAGCUAUGAAACUAGUGGAUCUAGUGGAACUAAUUUCAGUGCUCAUCUAUGGUCAGAGAUUGCGAUGUAAAGGAUGAGAUGGUAUAUAACCAUGGGAUUUUGUUUUCUCAUUUUAUUAGAAUACCAAGAGAAGUACUGAAGUCAUGCGAACAUUUGGAAGAUUUUUUAAUUGUGUUGUGUUUCUUUGUGACCUCAGGGAUUGUGUUGCAGUUUCCACUAAUGAAAUCACACAAAAAUAAAUUUGCAUGCAAUUGAUAUAAUAUCCCAUAGUGUUUCACCAAAUUAUCCAAGAACUUAAAAAAAGGAAAUUCCCCGCAUCUACCAAGCCACGCAGGUUUGUAGCACGUGGAUAAGUUCUCCCUUAAAGCCCUGACAAAUGAAAUUUGUCUAACUGCCUUACCAUUUGUUGUACUUUAUAUUUACUCACCCGACCCACCUGUCAUUUAUAGCAGUUUUGGUACAUGUGAUUUGUGCUCUGACCUGACCCAAAGCCAGUUUUUUUUUUUUACAUUUGUCACAAUUUCCAAUAAAUGUAUUUUAUCACCAUA